CUCUAUAUAAGGCAAUGAACGCGCCGCCGUCAACAACAUUCCAUUUCCAGAACCUCCCUGCUCCCGUGCGCCGCGCGUUCCACCAACCCCGCUCACCUCCAUCUCCAAUGGCGGCCGAGCCGGCCGAUCUGUACGUGGAGGUGGAGGAGUCCGCCCGCGACGACGACGUCGACGUCGACGGCCGCUCCCGCGUCCCCGUCCCCGUCCCCUCCCCCUCCGGCUGGGAGCUCCCGCCGUGCCCCGUCCUGCGCAACGUCUUCCGCCGCCUCCCCCGCAACCCGGACUUCGACGGCGCCACCUUCCUCUCCAAGCCAUGGCUCGAGCUCCCCUGCGACGGGCCCAUGGUGAUCGCCGAGCCGCAGCGGCUCAUGCCGGCGCUGCUGCUCCCGGAGGGGAUGGCGCUCGACCCGGCCUCCCGCGCCUUCCUCAGCCUCGCCGACGGGCGCCGCCAUGACAUCGCGUUCCCCCACGCCCGCGGCGCGCGCUGCGUCGGGAGCACCCGUGGCUGGCUCGUCAUGGUCAGGAAGGGCCCCGAGGGAGUCGCCGGCGCCGCCGGCACCGCCACCAUCCACGUCGUCCACCCGCUGCUCCCGCACCUCGAGUUCCGCCUCCCCGACGAGUUCUCCCUCUUCGAGAUCCAGGUCACCGCGCCCGAGGAGCGCUUCCUCCUGCGUCUGACGCCGUCCGAGAAGGCGCGCAUUCGUGCGGGCCUCCCCGUGGAGGAGACGGGCGCGGAGUUACUGCAGCGCGUGUUCAAGACGGCAGAGGGGUUGCGCCCCCCCGAGCCCUACAUCACCGAUGUCACGCUCUCGUGCAGCCCCGCCAGCUCCGACGACGACUGCGUCGCGCUCUGUGUCUACCGCCACGGCCGUUGCCUCGCCAUCGCGCGUCCCGGGGACGCGUCGUGGACGCGCGUCGAGGUGGGCUGGGAAUACAUGGAGCCGCACGAGUACAGGCGCGAGUUCCUGAGCGUGGUGCACCACAAGGGCAGCUUCUACGCGGCGUGCUACGACGGCAUGGUGCUGCGCGUGUCCAUCCCGCCGCCCGGCAGCGCGUCGCCCCCUCGGGUCGACAAGUUCGCGGACGCGCCACGCAGGGAGAGCAUCCGGUGGGCGCGGUGGUGGCUCGCCGUGGACACCGCAUCCUCCUCCGCCGGCGGCGGCGCGCUGGUGCUCGUCGCGACCGAACGGCGCUGGUGGAAGCAGAAGAUGUACAUGUGCGCGUUCCGGUGGGACGACGAGCUGCGGUUCUGGCGCCGCCCCAAGGACUUGGGCGGGCGGGCGGUGUUCGUCGGGCGCGGCACGGCGUUCGUCGCCGACGCGCGGCACCUGCCGUGGUGCGCCGGCAACUGCAUCUACUUCACCCGCGACGAGCGGGUGCGCACCGGCGACGACGUGCCGGUGCGGUGCUGCGACGUGCGCCGCCAGAAGCUCUACUCCGUCCACAAUGCGGGGCCCAAGGUGGCGAUGGCCCCACCUGUCUGGGUCAUGCCGUUCCAUGAAUAGCGCAGAGAUUUUGCAUCAGAGAGAUCAUAGGUACUAUGUGGAUUGUGGUGAUGCUUGAUGUAAAUUCUCUCUUUGAGACUUUUGGCUGAAUUUCGUACGAACUACGUGUAUGUUUGUCAUAGGAAUUGCAGAUUUUAGAUCGCAUUUCUGGAGUAAAUUUCCUGCAAACUGUAGGCAAGUUGUUAUAGCAAUUGAGGAAUUCUGGAUAUUGAGAA